AUGGACUCAGAAACAAUUGCAUAUUUCGAUAGUAAACUUGAUAAAGUUACCUCACAAUUGAAUAUAGACAAUGAAAAAAUUGUUGAAUUACAACAAGAAAUCGUUUUAUUGAAACAAUACAUUGACUAUCAAAACUCAAAGAUCGAUAAGGUAACCACUUUAAUUAGCAAUUUGUUGGAAAAAAAAUCGCAAGAUGAAGCUGUUCUCAACACAUUACAGGCACUUCAAGAGGAUGUUGAUGUUGGAGACCUUCAAAGACAAGUAGACCAGUUAACAUCUCAUCAUGCACUUGGUCAACCACAACCACCACCACAACAGCAGCUACUUAACUCCCAGCAACGCCAGCAACCUCGUCAACAAAAUCAGCAGCAAUCACUUCAACAUCACCAACAACACCAACAGCACCACCAGCAACAUCAACAUCAACAUCAACACCAAAACCAAAACCAACAUCAACAGCAUCAUUCUCAAAGAACUUCUCAUAUGCUGCAGGAAAUCUCCAGUCAAUUAGAAAGUAAUAUGGAUCCAGCUUUGCACCAGGUAGCUGUCGCAACUGCUGCAGUUCAGCAAGCACAGGCUCAUUCUCAAUCAAAUGAACCACUUGGAAUUGCAUCUCUGUCCCAGCCAAGAGUGAGCAAACCAAACAAGAAACAAUCUAGGAGAAAGUCCGACAAUACAGGACUCAAAGGUGAUCCCACAAGGCCAAAGUCUUCACCUGUCAGAAAAGUACAUAUCACGUUUGUGCACAAUCCUACAAACGUAAGGGAAAUAUAUGAUGAGUUUUUCAAAGGCUAUAAAGGACAAGAACCAUUAUGCGAAUUAGACGAAAAGUAUGGAAAGAGCGAAUGGAGAGGAGAUUCAAGAUCCAAAGAAUCAAAAAGAUUUCAAAGAAGAAAGAAGUUAUGUGACGCCAUUCAAAGAGGUAUGGUCAAAUACGGUAAGAGUGCCGAUGAUAUUAUUGAAUAUCUUGAAAGUUUCCGCAAGGACAAGUCAUUAACCUGGUUGAUGAAUGGUCACUUGCCUGACGAUCUUCAAUCUUAA